GACCAGCCCAACCCAAUGAAAGCGUAACCAUGAACGGCACGUGUAGCGGAGUACUAGGCCGCCGUUACACGCUACUGCUGUCCGUCGUCACCGUUUGAAUUACCCACCGCUACUUUGUCGUCAUUCUUCUUCUUCUUCCCUUUUCAUUGACCUUUUCCUUCCUUCGUCCUCCAAUGGCGACUGUUCCGCACCCAUUAUCCCUCGCAAGUGUAGGUUUUGCUAACCGAACCUCCUCCAUCUCCAGAUCCACUCUCAAAUGCUGCGCUCAAUCUCCUUCUCCUUCACUAGUUGACAACGCCCAGAAGUUUCUCGAAGCUUCCAAGAAGGGGAACGUCAUUCCUCUCUUCCGCUGCAUAUUUUCCGAUCACCUCACUCCGGUGCUUGCGUACCGGUGCCUGGUUAAGGAGGACGAGAGAGAUGCUCCGAGUUUUCUCUUUGAAUCGGUCGAGCCAGGCCAAAUUUCUAGCAUCGGACGGUACAGUGUGGUUGGAGCACAGCCGUGUAUGGAAAUUGUGGCGAAAGAGAACGUGGUUACUAUUAUGGACCACGUGGAAGGGCGCAGGAGUGAGGAAAUUGUAGAGGAUCCUCUGGUGAUUCCUCGUAGGAUCAUGGAGAAGUGGACGCCUCAACUCUUAGAUGAACUUCCUGAAGCGUUUUGUGGUGGUUGGGUAGGGUAUUUCUCUUAUGAUACAAUGCGCUAUGUAGAAAAGAAGAAACUUCCAUUUUCUAAUGCCCCAGUAGAUGACAGAAACCUUCCUGAUGUUCAUCUGGGCCUUUAUGACAGUGUGAUUGUGUUUGAUCAUGUUGAAAAGAAAGCAUAUGUGAUUCAUUGGGUUCGGGUGGAUCGAUAUUCUUCAGCUGAGGAGGCCUUCGAAGAUGGAAGGAACCGGCUGGAAACUCUAGUAUCUCGGGUGCAUGAUAUAAUUACCCCAAGGCUGCCUACAGGUUCGAUAAAGUUAUACACUCGUCUCUUUGGUCCUAAACUGGAGAUGUCAAACAUGACAAAUGAGGAGUAUAAGAGGGCAGUAUUGAAGGCUAAAGAGCACAUACGGGCUGGUGAUAUUUUUCAAAUUGUACUAAGUCAACGUUUUGAACAGAGAACUUUUGCAGACCCAUUUGAAAUCUACAGAGCAUUGAGGAUUGUUAAUCCUAGUCCAUAUAUGACUUAUUUACAGGCCAGAGGAAGUAUUUUGGUUGCUUCAAGUCCAGAAAUUCUUACACGGGUGAAGAAGAGAAAGAUCACCAAUCGGCCCCUUGCUGGUACUGUUAGAAGAGGAAAAACACCAAAAGAAGAUAUCAUGUUGGAGAAACAACUUUUGAAUGAUGAAAAGCAAUGUGCAGAGCACGUAAUGCUAGUUGAUUUGGGGAGAAAUGAUGUUGGAAAGGUCUCCAAACCGGGUUCUGUUCAAGUUGAAAAGCUUAUGAAUAUUGAGCGCUAUUCCCAUGUUAUGCACAUCAGCUCAACAGUCACAGGGGAGUUAUUAGAUCACUUAACAAGCUGGGAUGCAUUGCGUGCUGCUUUACCUGUUGGUACAGUUAGCGGAGCACCGAAGGUCAAAGCCAUGCAGUUGAUUGAUGAGUUGGAAGUCGCAAGAAGGGGGCCCUAUAGUGGGGGAUUUGGAGGUGUAUCAUUCAAUGGCGAUAUGGACAUAGCCCUUGCUCUGAGGACCAUAGUUUUCCCUACAAAUGCUCGUUAUGACACAAUGUACUCCUACAAGGAUAAGAACAAACGCAGAGAAUGGGUUGCCCAUCUCCAGGCUGGAGCGGGAAUUGUGGCUGACAGUGAUGCUGCUGAUGAACAAAGAGAGUGCGAGAACAAAGCUGCAGCUCUUGCUCGUGCCAUUGAUCUUGCAGAAUCUUCAUUUGUUGAUAAAUAAUUUGGAUUGAUCCAUCAUCAGUGAUGCUCCUUGAUAACUGAGGUGUGCAUCCUUUUUAAAUGGUAGAGAGGAAGUUUGUGGUGUGGGCAGAUGAUAGGAUAUGAAUUACGGAGAAUCUGAAACUUUGAUAAUGUUAUGACAGAAGUGAUGAACAUAAUAAGGUAUUUAAUGAUAAUGACAGCUUUGUGACUUUAGUUAAGUCGUCGUUUUAA